AAUAAAAAGUUAAUUCUUGAAUGAACCCAAGUUAUAUUUUGUUUAUUAUCAGUGUAAAAAGUUUAUUCCUAAGCGUAAAACCUAAAACGCCAAUGUAACAACGAGAGAGAUGAAAUAUCGCUCGAAAACAUCUAACCUAACCUAAAAAUGUCGCACUCAUGUUUACUAAAGGCAACAUCUGCCAUCCACUCUGUUUAAGUAGAUUUGUUAGCGACCUAAUAACUGCGUCCAACGAAUAGCACAUCUGCUGAACAACGCUGUAUCAAUUUUUCGACAAACUUUAAACGUAUGACGAAAUUCACUUUCAACCCACCAAUGGAUGAAAAUUCUGCAUCUGAUCUAGCAGAAUGGAAACGACCGGAGCAAGUGAUGCAGCUUCAUCGAUUGAAGCUGAGAAAACGAGCGCUUCAGGCCCGCAUGAACAGAACUUCGGUAGAAAAGGCUUCACCUUCAAUAGAUCAGAACAGUUCAAUUCCUAUAAUCGACAUCAGACAAGACUCAGCAACUUUGAAACGCAGGAACCCAUUCUGUAGAAGUGUGACUACGUUUAAGAAGCACAAAACAACGCCAUUAACGGCAAGGGAAUUGGAAGCCAGCAACGACACAACCCUUUUUGAGUUGUUGAACAUUAAAAAAUCGGGAAACCCUGAAAAGCCUGGACAAAAUACUCCCCUCUCAUUUUCCAGCGUGCUGACAAAACUAGAGAAUGGAUAUGCAGAAGAGGAAGCAGCACCAGCGCCCCAAGGGAAUAACUACAUCCCGGUAGACUGGACACUGAAUACCAAGAUGCGAUUCAUGUCUCCAAAACCAUUUGCUUGGAAUGGAAAAUUAAAAACUAGCGAAGAAGCGUCUGGCACUACUGGGUUUGUUCGCUGCCUGGACAUCGGUGAAAAGGAAACUACAUUGGACACUAGUCCUAAUGCUAGGUUUCACCAAUGCUGUUUGGUAUGGCAGCACCCUUCGCUACCCUGGCUAGAAUUAUUUCCUCGCUCUGCUGGCAGAGCUAGUGCAGCAAUAUCGAGCAGCCCGAUGGCAGCGACAAAUCAGCACAUCAAGGAUGCUCUGCACCGGGAAUGGAGCGAAAGCUUCAGAUCAUUGUUCCAGCUAGUACGUGCAAGGCAAUGCCCAUACUUCUAUGUAUGCACAAACACGUUCACAGUUCUCUUCCGCGCUGCUGGUAUUUGCGGUGUUUCAGAAGUUCAUGCCCUUCUUACACCAACCACCAGAGGAUUUAGACAAAUUCUUAAGCAAGAAGAUAUAGUAUUUACGAUGCCAUUGCGGAAAAAUUCCAAAAGGCGGUCAGAUACAACCGAUUCUGGCUGUGAUACUCUGGACUCUUCAGCGUCAAAUAUGACAAAUCCUACCGAUAAGGAGCAUUUGAAUGACGAAGAUGAAGAUGAGGAUGGACCGGCAGACAAGUGGUUGCAAAGCCUUGGAGUUGAAGAUUCUGAAAUUCGAAAAAUAAAUAAUUUGCAGGCUCGUCUCACUCAGGACAAAGAGAGUGACAUAGACAACUCGGCGGAGUCGCUGAUUUUCGUUCAAGACGUUGAGACGCAAGCUUUAUUCAAUUUUUUGAUAAACUGUAAAUCGUCAAUCGCCUCGACCGGUGCCUUGGCAGGCAUUCCCCCGACUCUUUUGGCGCCCGUUGCAUUUCACGGCGCAACGCUCAAGCCGCUUAAGGUCAGAGAAAGCGUCGUGACCAUAGAUAAGGAGAAAUUUUAUUCCCUCGAGCUUCGAGGACCGCUUUUACCGCACACGUUGCCAAGUCUUUGCCAUCUGAUGACUUCGAGUCACCUGGAACAAUUCUCGGUCAGCUGCGCGCCCCUCAUCUCGACUAUUCCAUUUUCGCGAGCAGGAAAUGGACGAGAAGAUGCAGCCGCGUCGGAAGAAUCUGUGAAGGCGCCAUCUAACGUUUUUGGCCAGGAAAAUCUCAGCGAUUGCGGUUUUAGCGCGAAGCUACUUAAACAUUUUUGCUGUCCAGACCCGCAGCGCAUACAGGUCUUAGACAGUUUGAAAUUCUCCAAUGACGGAUACGUGUGGUCUUGAUCCAUGUCGGUGAUAAUCUAGGACUAAGUUUUAACCAAAAAGUUACGUGUUCGCUAAGCGCUAGUACAAAAGCUAACUUUUUUUGCGCUGCAACAAUAUUAUAACUAGCAUUAUUUAAAACGUUCAGCAUAAUGAAUGCUCAAUUCAUCGCAAUCGGCAAUCAUCCUGAAAAAAAAAGAAUCAUUGAUUUUUAUUCAACUCGUGCCUUAACGAUACAUUUUGACCUAUGACAAAAUGUUUGAUUUGCCUCGACUAUUAGAAGCCGAUAUUAUCAAUCAUUACUCCAAGGUUAUUUUUUUUUUUUUAAUCAAUGCGCAUUUGACAUCGCAUUUUUUGUAGAUAUUAUAUAGAGAACUAGGCAUGCUCUACUAACGAUCUAGUCAGCAUGAUUUUCAGCAAAUUAAUCAGCAUCUUGAAUAUACCGAAAACCCCCCGACAAUGUUCUGCUUGUUUGCAGCGCAGCGAUUUAAUUUUAUCUAUAUCACGACAGUUAUUAUUGUUAUGUUAUUUAUUUUAGCUGUUAAGACGAAAUACCGGUGCCUUAUUUUUUUCACGUCGUAUUUUGCGUAUUGAUUAGGUUGAGAUAAAAUUCAAAAAUAUUUACAUAUUACAAACUGUAAUUGAUUCUGAUAAAGGUGUAUAUUUUUUCACAUCAAUUGAAUAAUAAAGCGU